AUGUUCUCACUACUCCCAGCUUUAUUGCUGGCGCUUACGGCCCAGGCUUCCGUCUUGACCCUUCAAUCCCCUCGCUUGAUAGUCUCAGAUUCAACGGGUUCUCAAUUGCGCUCAGAGCCCCUCUCACUUUCACAGAAGGUCGCGACGCCGGUCCAAAUAUCGGGAAAGGAUACAUUGAGGAUCACUUUCCAAGUUGUGGACAAGGAUGGAAAGGGCGUGCAACCCCAUCAGACUUUCCUUCGACUCUAUGACGAAAAGACGAACGAAGAAGGAAUUCUGCCAAUACGCGUCACGCCAGGAGGAAAGGCCAAGUUCGACCUUAACCUAUCGAAGCCCCCUCUUUCGUUGCCACCUACCCCGAAUGGUGACCCUUUGAAGGUUACUCUUCUCAUCGGUUCUUCUCUACACGAUCCACUCUCCGCUGAGCUUUUUGACCUGGUUCUACCUCGUUCUCAAGUUGCACCUGAGCAUCCUCUUGAAUCCACAUUCCACCCGUUGCCAGAAAUUAAGCACACCUUCCGCCCCGAAAACAAAUUGCCACCCAAAUUCAUCUCAGCUGUGGCAACUGGUGUAGUUUUGGCACCCUGGGCAAUACUGUUGGCUUUGUGGUCUCAAGUCGCCCCCACACCUUCGCGCACAUUCUCACCAAGUAUCCUACCAUUCAUUGUCUCUCUUGGCGCUUUCGAAGUUCUCCUUUUCAGAUAUUGGAUUGGCUUAAAGCUCGGGCAGGUCCUUCUUUACGGAGCCAUUCUCACAAUUCCUACUGUCUUUGCUGGAAAACAGGCUCUGUCGAGCAUCGGUAACCGUCGCCUCGGCAGAAAAUAA